GAGUGUUGUGUUUUAACUCCAUAAAAAAUGGUUGUGUGAGCGUUAGACUCAGACUAUUCUCAGUUAUCAUUAGGAAUUACGCUCCAGCAAAGUGCUUUAAGUUUUAACUCUCAGUCUUGCAUUGUCGCUCAAACUGAGCGCACGCGAGUGAACUGUGAAGUGUAACGUAAAAGUGAACGUACUACGCAAUAAGUGAUAUACAUAUAGACAAUCUAUUUUUACGACCAUGCUCGAGCCAAAGACCUGUACAGACGACCUCGAAUCAUGGGUGGAGCUGAACAGCGGCGGCGGCCUGGCCGCGGAGAACGAGUACAUAAGACUGCUAAGGGAAGCUCAGAGGGAGAGCCGGGACUCCUCCGUGAGGCACUCUAGGGCUUCCAGCGUCAAAGGAAGCCCGAAGUCGCCCCCCAACAGUCCCAACCUGGAGCCGUCCACUGAAGACGAGCUCAAAGGAGUCUACAUCAACUGCUGGAGGGAUGAGUCCAACGACUGGGUGUGGGAGUGGAGCAGUCGGCCGGACCAGAUGCCCCCCAAGGACUGGCGGUUCAAGCACCCGGUGUCUGCGCGCGGGCCUCCCUCCGCCACCUCCUCCAUCGAGGUGCUCGAGCAGCAACUCUGCGUCCCCUCCAACCAACAGAGCCACUGCCUGUCGGUGCGGCGCUCCUGCCUGUUCAGCCGCGGCGCCAUCGCGGCGGUGCUCGUCACCAACCUCGUGUCGCUGCUGCUGGGCGCCGGCAUCGGCGUUUGGCUGAGCAAACGCGGCAUGCUGCCCCCCAGACUGAUCGUGCUGAACUAGACAAGACUGAGUCUCCGGCGAGGCGGCUACACACCCUGUAUACCAUCACCCGUCGCCCUGUAUGUUCAUACAAUCUGUUAAAGAGUCCUGUGAAAAAUUGACAUACUGUAUACAUACGAUUAACAUCACCCUGUAUACAUUCGUAGAAACCAUUUUGUUUACAGAUUAAGAAAUUAAGAUAAUAUCAAAAGGAAACUUGAAAAGUACGUGCAAGCAAAAAUUCAUUGAUUUUAGCCACUAUCAGACAUAGUUCGUUUUUUUAGCAUUAGUGAAAAGGUAAACAAUCUUGACGUGUCAUUUUAUUGAAAUACACUUUUGAAAAAUAAUUCACGGCAAAUAUGUAACAAUUAUGAAUCAUAUACGAUUAUUUACAUUCUUUUGCUUUCAUAAGUAAUAGUUAUUGAUUUUUAAAAGGCGUUUUUCAAUUAAAAUACACGUAAAGAUAGCGUAGUCUUUUUCUUAUGCUAAAAAAAACGAACUAUAGGUAUAUGAUGUUCAGAUACAUCGAAAGUGUUCAAAAACAUGUGAACGAAGCCUAAUAUCAAGACGUUAAAGUGCACGUUGGGAUAUUUUUGAACACCUUGGCUGCUCAAAAAUGUUAGAUAAUGACAUUAUCAGAUCUGUAAGGUCUAACACGAUUUUUUUUUUUUUUUUUUUUUUUUUUUCAUAUAAGAAAGACCUUUACUAAAAUAAAGUUACAUAUUA